UCAUUGUCACUGUCAACAAAAGUCACUGUACCUAAGUAAAAAUAAACAGUCGUUACUGUUUCUAGUAUUUUCGUCUUUCGAAAGGGGACUGGAACAAAUAACAAUUCCAAAUUGUUUGGAGCACAAUUAUGAGUGAAACGGCAGCAGAGCCCGUGAAACCAAAAAUCAAACACGACUGGUACCAAACUGACGCCCUGGUGGUCGUUACGAUACUGCUAAAGAAUGCUUCCAGUGAUAAAGUGAAGGUGCAUUAUGGAGAUCGGAGUCUGUCCGUCUCAAGUGAAAUACCAAACUCAGAUUCAGAAUAUAGUCUAGAAUUAGAACUAGCUCAUGAAAUAGUGCCCUCGAUGUGCACUCAUGUCGUCACACCUUCCAAGAUAGAGGUCAAAUUGCGGAAGAAGGAGGGUUUGAGAUGGAAUCUUCUAGAAGGAGAGGGUAAAGAAGAGAAGAUUAAAGCUAUACCUCAAGCGGUGAUAGAUGCCUCCGGACCUCAAAAACCACCGAACGUCUUCAAAAAAGACUGGGAUAAAAUUGAGAAGGAUAUUAAGAAAAUGGAAGAAGAAGAGAAACCGGAAGGCGACGCCGCAUUAAACGCUCUCUUCCAAAAAAUAUACGGCGAAGGUUCGGAUGAAGUGAGACGCGCUAUGAAUAAGAGCUUUGUCGAAUCCGGCGGUACCGUGCUUAGUACGAACUGGAAUCAGGUGGCCAAGGAAAAGGUCGAAGUAAAACCACCGGACGGUCUCGAGUUCAAGAAAUGGGACAGUUAAACAUACGACAAUAUUUAUUUUAUACGUCUACUACUUACGAAGCAUUGCAGUUUUGUCAUACAAAGAGAAAUAACAAUAAAUAGUUUUUUUUUUUCAUUUAAUUUAAAUAUUUUAUUCGUUUUAAUACUACAUUUAAGGAGGUAGUGUUCGAAACAUUUUAAAAAUUAUUAUAAUACCUAUGUCAUUGUUUUCAUUUUUGCUGUGUACAUUAAAGAGACGAAUACAGUCAACUUUUCCUAUGACGACAUUUGAAAGUAAACUCGUUGGUAAUAUCACUACAUAGUAUAAAACAAAGUCGCUGUCUGUCGCUAUGUAUGCUUAGCUCUUUAAAACAACGCAAUGGGAUUUUAUAAUAGAUAGAGUGAUUUAAGAGGAAGGUUUAUAUGUAUAAUACAUGCAUAAUAUGUUAGAGAAAUGCCGAUAAUUUUAUUGGUUUCUAACGUGUAUUUUGUUGUAGAUAGUAUUUAGUAUCAGCAUUGCACAUAUGCGAAGCCGUGGCGGGUCGCUAGUGCUUUUAUAAUUGGGACAAACUUGUAUUGAUAUAAUAUAAUAUAAAUAUAUAAAACUUAAGUGAA